AUGGAGAGAAGAAAAUCCUCCCUUCUUCAAAUUCAGGCACCAACUUAUGGAAACCUAAUCACCAUCCUCAGCAUAGAUGGAGGUGGAAUCAGGGGGAUUAUUCCUGCCACUAUUCUUGCCUACCUCGAGGCUCAACUCCAGGAGCUGGAUGGGGAGAAGGCAAGACUUGCAGAUUACUUCGACGUGAUUGCCGGAACAAGCACCGGUGGUCUUGUGACAGCCAUGUUAACUGCACCCGAUGAAAACAACCGUCCUCUCUAUGCAGCCAAAGACAUCAAACCUUUUUACCUAGAGCACGGUCCCAAGAUUUUCCCACAGAAAAGUGGCUUGUUUAAAUCCAUUGGAAAAACGUUAAAAACAUUAAGAGGACCCAAAUAUGAUGGGAAGUAUCUUCAUGGGCUUGUAAGGGAGAAGCUGGGAGAUAUCCGAUUAAGUCGUACACUCACCAAUGUUGUCAUUCCAACUUUUGAUAUCAAAGACUUGCACCCAACCAUUUUCUCCACUUAUCAGGUAAAAGGCUCUUCAUGUUUGGAUGCUCAAUUAUCCGAUAUUUGCAUAAGUACUUCUGCAGCUCCAACCUACCUUCCAGCCCAUUACUUCAAGACCCAAGAUAACAAAGGGAAUGUUCGAGAAUAUAACCUUAUUGAUGGGGGUGUUGCUGCAAAUAAUCCGACUUUGGUUGCCAUUAGCGAAGUGACAAAACAGGUCAUUGAGAACAAUCCAGACUUCUUUCCCAUCAAGCCCAUGGACUAUGCUCGAUAUCUAGUAAUUUCAAUUGGCACAGGGGCAGCAAAGAUUGAACAGAAAUACAAUGGUAAAAUGGCUGCCAAAUGGGGAGUUCUAGGCUGGUUAAUUCAUGGAGGUUCGACUCCAUUGGUGGAUGUGUUUACUCAAUCAAGUGGAGAUAUGGUUGAUUUUCACAAUUCUGUGGUUUUCCAAGCACUUCAUUCAGAAGAAAAUUACCUUCGAAUUCAAGAAGACACAUUGACUGGUACAGAAGCUUCAGUUGAUGUUGCGACGAAGGCCAACUUGGAAAAACUGGUAAAAAUAGGUGAAAAUCUACUGAAGAAACCAGUUUCAAGGGUGAAUUUGGAGACGGGACUCCACAAACCAGUUGAAAACGCAGGCACAAAUGAGGAUGCUCUCAAGAGGUUUGCCAGACUACUUUGCAAUGAAAGGAGACUUCGAGAGUUAAGAUCGCCACUGACCAGCAAGGCACUGACCAACAAGGCUCAAGCGUCAAGCCUCAAUGUUGUGCAUCACAUUGUUAUCCCUUGA